CCCCCAGCUGACGGCACCAGGAUCACAGUCCGAGACUGCAGCAAUGACGACUGGGGCCACCACUGCGGCGACAUCCGGUUCAUGCACGGCGAGGAGGAGCAGAUGAUCUACGGCUGUCUGGAGGCGUGCGCCAGGGACGGCUGCAACAGUGCCAAGACCCUCCGACCCCCGACGCCCCUGAUUCUCCUAGCGACGUCCCUCCUGUUUCUAGCAUCCAGACUCUGGAGGACUUUGCUCUCCUAAAACUGUGAUACUCAUGUAGUCCA